AUGCAACAGGUGGCGACGGCUGUGAAGGCGGCGGCCGCCGCCGCAGCUGCUGCCUCCUCCUUUUCCAAUGGCUCACUGAAUCCGCUCAGCCCGGAAGCUGCUGCUGCUGCUGGAGCAGGAGGUAACGGUGGUGGCGGCAUGAUCGCCCAGAACCACACCUGUCAGUUCUGCCGGUACACCUCCAACUACAAGGGCAACGUCAUUCGGCACAUCAAGCUGGUGCACAAGGACAUUGCCAGUGCGCAGAGUCUGGCCGCCUCCAUUGCGCUGCAGCAGCAGCAGCAAAAUCAGCAACAACAACAUCAUCAACAGCAGGCGGCAGCGGUGGCUGCCUUUGCCAAAGAGCUGCAGGGCGCGAUGAACAUGGCGGCAGCGGCGGCGGCUGCUUCCGCUUCCGCUGCAGGAGAUCUGCUUGAAAAUGACUCGUCUCAGGAGGAAACAGCUACGGUAAUCAAACGGACUUCUCCGUCUUCUCGGACUCUUCUUCUUCGAGGUCAGCAGCGAUCACCCCCACUGACCAAUGGCGGAACAAGCGUCAAAGAGGAGCAGCAGCAGGGGGACGAGGAUGUUGAUGGCCCUCCUGCCCUUGCCAAUGAGGAGGACUCUUCAGAGUCGACCACGGUGGCUGAGAAUCAGCAGCUGCAGCAGCAGCAGCAGAAUGAGCUGGACACUCGCCACUGCAACUCGUGCAAUAUCUCCUUCACCUACCGCAACUCCUAUCUCGCCCACAAGAAGUACUACUGCUCGUCGCAUACCACUGAGGCUUAG